GGCAGUAACGAAAAAAAAAAAAAAAAAAAAAAGAAACGCGAGAACGCGUUAUAUAUUACAACAAAUAGUACGCAAAAUCGUCCCUGCGUUGCUACUUGCGUGUUGACACUGACAUUAGAAAAAUUCGAUGCCUUCCAGGGACGAUAUUCGCUCCCUAUCCACUGAGCAACGCUGGAUCCCUCCUUCAACUGUUAGACGCGAUGCACUCACCCCAGAAAGCCGAAAUGAUCUCAUCUUUAGAAAGGUGCGGGGUAUUCUUAACAAGCUCACACCGGAAAAAUUCGCAAAGCUGAGCAACGACCUGCUCAACGUUGAGCUUAAUUCUCAUGUGAUUCUCAAAGGUGUUAUUUUCUUGAUCUUCGAAAAAGCGCUUGAUGAACCCAAGUACAGUUCUAUGUACGCACGGCUGUGCAAACAGCUGUCUGACGAAGCCGCAAACUUUGAACCCCGUAAACCAAUCGAUGAAAGUCAAAAAGGCCAGAGCACAUUCAGAGUCCUUUUACUUAACAAGUGCAAAGACGAGUUCGAAAAUCGUUCAAAAGCAAGCGAGGCGUUCGAGAAUCAGGAUGAGCUUGGUCCAGAGGAAGAAGAGCGCCGGCAGGUGGCCAAGCGCAAGAUGCUCGGUAACAUCAAGUUCAUCGGGGAGCUCGGCAAGCUGGGCAUCGUGUCGGAGCCGAUUCUACAUCGUUGCAUCCAGCAGUUGCUGGAGAAGAAAAGGCGAGGGGGAUCCCGGGGGGACGCGGCGGAGGAUAUCGAGUGCCUCUGUCAGAUUAUGCGUACCUGCGGCCGUAUCCUUGACUCGGAUAAGGGCCGCGGACUUAUGGAUCAAUACUUCAAACGUAUGAACUCUCUGGCAGAGAGUAGGGAUCUUCCUCUACGCAUCAAAUUUAUGCUGCGUGAUGUAAUUGAAUUACGCCGUGACGAUUGGAAACCGCGCAAGGCCACCAGCACCGAAGGCCCGAUGCCGAUUAAUCAGAUCCGCAACGACAACGAGGAGCCAUCGCGGGGUAAUGGUUUCCAUAGAGGACGAGAGGAUCGCCUCGGUGCGGAGUUUUUACGAAAGAUGGGACGAGGCGGAUUAGACGUGGACAUGAUAGGAAGUAUUCCAUUGACUUCCCCCUCAUUCGGUAUGGCACCACCACCACCAUUCAGUCCGAAUGGAUUUGCAGGAACUCCUGGGGUUGGUUAUGGCCGCCAUAAUCAACGUAAUCAGCCAGGAGCAGGCUAUUAUCAAAACCAGAGUCGUCAUCAGAACAAUUUUGAAGGAAAACGCAACCAGCCACAACAUAAUCUACCGCAGAACUUUAACAACAAUAGCAAUAAAGAACAACUUCGAUUCAAUAAAAAUAAGAUGUUGAUCGGAGGACAUCCUCAGGAAGAAGUGUCUCUGAGACCUUCGGCCAAUUCAAUGAUGUUCAAACAGACUAAUAUCAACUUGAACCUACCUCUCAACAAUGAUAUGUUCCCAGGACGAGGCUCAGAUAUGCCUCUCUUGCGUACUACCGCUCUGAAGCCCAGCUCGCCUCUAUUGCACAAAGAGACACCACCUGCUAUCGUGAUCAAGCAAGGUCCCGUAGACAAGCGCGAGAAGGCUCGGGAUAGAAAAGAUAAGGGACCCACAAGGGAGGAAGUGUUGAAGAAGGUGAACGCGUUAAUGGACGAUCUCGCGUCUCAUACAAAUGUGCAGGACGCUUUGACAGCCUUUAAAGAUCUUAAGAUCCCCGAGCGAUUUUUGCGUCAUGCGAUCUGCACGAUGUAUUCUAACACGUUGGAUCGCGGAGACUCCGAACGCGAGCUCGCCGUCAAGCUUGUGGUCGAGCUGAAAAAGGAGAGCUUGCUCACUUUGCAGCAAGUGAAUGAGGGAUGGAAGGAACUGGUGGCCAGUAUAUCGGAGAAGGAAAGUACCGUGCCUUUGGUAGCGUCCCACGUUGCCUUCCUGACAGCUAAGGCCAUAGCGGAAAAUUUAAUUCAGUUGACGGAUCUCGCCUCGGAAACAGAAAACGGUCGUCAUCAUCCGCUGUUCCUAUUGACUCUACAACAGCUCCACAAGACCCAAGGCAAGGCAAGGCUCACGCAGAUCUUCAAUGAUAGCAAAGUGGAUCUUAUUAGUCAACUGCCAGAAGCGGAGAAGACAAAGGAGCGCUUGGGCGAGAUCUUGGAAGACCGGGAAUUGACUUUCCUUUAUCCUCUUCUCAGAAUCCAGGGAGAUAUGUGGCGUCAAUUAGAAGCCGAUCCAGCGCCUAAUGCUCUUUACAAAUGGAUCAAGGAGAAGUUGGAUCCUCAACAUCAUUCUGAUCCUGCAUUUAUUAAUGCUAUGAUGAAUGUACUUUUCAAAUACAUCACUGGGGAGACAACAUUGGCGCCUGGCGUCGAUCCGACCGUAAAUCCAGACAAACAACUGCAAGAAAAGGAAAGUGCGUUACUGCAGAAAUAUGCACGCUUUAUUCGCACAUUCCUAACUACCAUCGACUCUCAAGUUACGGCUCUUCAUGCGCUUCAAGUGUUCUGCUUCUCGCACAAUUUUCCAAAAGGGUUGCUGCUGCGAUGGUUCAUAGCACUGUAUAAUCUUGAAGUCAUCGAAGAAGAAGCAUACCACAAAUGGAGAGACACCGUUACCGAUGCUUAUCCUGGCAAGGGCAAGGCAUUAUUUCAGGUAAAUACAUGGCUAACAUGGCUUGCUGAAGCAUCGGAGGAGGAGGAGGAAGACGACGAGGAUGAGAAGAAUUAAUUGGAAGAGCCUCGAGAGCAUUAUUCUACAGACCUAUGAUUUGGAAUAGGGUUUUACUAUCUAUAAUAUAUCGCUGAACCGCAAAAGGUUUCAGUUUUAUUAAUUGAGUUAUCUCCAUCCAGAAUUGCAAACAUCUUGUUAGUCUGUCUCAAGCCCUCACGUGAUUGAAAAGGACUUUACAAUCAUGUCUGCAAAAAGGAAAAGAGUUUGUAACCAAUGAGUGGUGUAUGACAGACGUUUCAAGCAAGACGUUUUAGAAUUUUUUUAGAUAAUUAAAAAAAAUAUAUCGGUACAUAAUUUAUAUUAUAAAAUAAUAUUGGGCCAGCACAGAUACAAUCGAGAUACUACGCCGCUGUAUGAUUAUUGGUGCGGGAAGAAAAAAAAAGCGCGAGAGAAAAUUAAUCUGGUCAUUUUUGUUACUCGAGUUUUUGUCUAGUAUUGUGCAUGUGUCACGUUUUGUAAGUCUUUUUGUCCGCGGCAAUAAGUGAAGUCGUUUGUUAUCUCUGUGUACCAAGCAUUACAUUUAUUAUGAGGAAUUAUUAUUAUUAUCAAUUAUUAAUAUUAUUAUAUUAUUAUUAUACAUAAUUAUCAAUCCAAUAAUCGAAAUAUAUCUACAUCUUUCUAAUGAAAAAAAAAAAAAAAAAAAAUCAGAAUUAAUCAGGAACAAACGGUCGACUCAGUAGUGUACGCAAAAUGCAAACCGUGAAGCACUUUCUUUUCGAAACGGAGUAAUAUAUUUAAAUUGCGAUUUAGAGAGACAGUUAAAAAUGAUCGAAACUAAAGGAAAGAAAAAGGAAAAAGUGAAUACACCGUUUGCCUGUGUAUCUACUUGCAGCGUCACUUGAUUCUUAAUAAGUAAAUAAUUAAUUACAGUUAUAAUAACAACCAGCAGCCAACAUCACAUCCAUUUAACAUUUAAUAAUUAGUGAACACUAGUGACACGACUAAAACUCGUAUUUAAAAGAAAAAAAGAAUAAAAUAUGCCUUGGUGUAAUUUAUUACAGAUGGCCCCCUGGUUGUUGCAUUGAUGACCAAUUACCUUCACCUUACAUUUCCUGCCUUAUAUACGCUACGUUUUUUUUUUAAUAUCUCGCUCAAUCGCCGCCAAAUAGCAAAAGAUCAGUAUGCGCGAGUUAUGCGAAAAAAAGACAAGCACGUGUUACUGAUCGAAAUGAGCGGAUAGAGAGCCAGAUACUGAGAAAAAGAGAGAGAAAGAGAGCUGCUGUAUUUCCCGAAUGUGACCGUCGCCGAUUAAGAUUACAAGAUAACUUGAAAUAACCUUCAGACCGGCUUAAAAAGGACGUCAAUAAUUAAGCCAAGAAGCUCUGCGUGAUAAUUAAAAAUGUAUUGCGCGUCGUAAUUUUUUCUUGUUUUUUUUUUGUUUUGUUUGAAAUCGUUCCAGACGCACUUGUGUAACACAUCUUUCACGUGUACAUUUCAAUCUUUUUUUUUCUCUCUGCAACAACUGAUAAUUAAAUACUCUUUUAUCGUACUAUUAAAAUCGUGCGAUUAAAAUAUUAAGAAUUUGAAUACAGUUUUUGUUGUCAUAUUUUAUCUUUACAAAAUAUUGUACAUACGUAUAUAUAUAUAUAUAUAUAUAUAUACGUAUAUAUAUAUAUAUAUACACAUAUAUAUCUUUUGAUGCCUCAUGGUCUUUACCUAAUUUUACCGCCGGACUGAAGUGUUUUUUUCCUCUUUAAAGACAGCGUUGUUUUAUAAUUAAAAAUAUUAGGUGGUUUAUACCGAGCGUCGUCAGUUAAGAGUAAUCAGUAUCGAGUAAUUACUUACUGUCGACCGUGUUAAGUUUAUUUUUUUUUUCGUCGAAUAUCAUACUGUCAUCCGGUACGUAUUAUUUAAUCAGAGUUUGACGGCACACAAAUAUACAUACACAUUAAGUGCUAAUGAGAAUUAUCUUGCAGCUGAAGCGGUAUAUGAUAAGUAGAACGUUAAAUGCGUUAGUGUUCGUUUGAGCGAUAUGUACCAGCGUGUAUGAUUAUGUCAUCGUUUUUUUUUACAUAGUUUCGAAAAAAAUACAUAACAUUUGCGAAGAUUUAAUCGAUUCGAUCAAAUUAGAGACUCGAGUUUAAUCUUCGCACAUGAAAGAGAAUUAAAGGGAAAAAAGAAGAAAAUAUUUAUUACUACAUUAUUAUUGUAAUACGUUAAUGGACAUACAUUUGUACUGUAUAAUUACGUGUUUAAAAGCAGGUUUUCAUUGUAUACGUAUACAUAUAUACACGCACGGAAUAUAUUCCGCUUCCUUCCGGUUCAGGGAAGGUUUCCGAGAGAGUGAUGAUGCCGUACCUUUCAAUUAUGUUAAUUUAUUUUCUCACGCAUGUACACACAGCUCUUUGAAUUUAAUAUACACACACAUAAUAACUGAUGAAUCCAUGUAUUGCAUCUUCAGUAUUAUUUCACGUGUAAUGAGAAUUAUAUACGUUAUGUAGAGAGAUCUUUAUAGUUUCUCAUAGGAUGCUAAAAAGAAUCUGAUAAAUCCGUCAUCUUUUAUCUCUGUCAAUAAAAAAAACUGUGUUCCUAGGA